GGUCCUUUAAAUCAUUUUUUCUGGUCUCGAGGAAAGAGCAACCUGUGUUUCUCUCUAUUUUUCUUCCUUCUAUCUCACAGUUACAACUCAUCUCCUACUCUCAAAUGGCGAAGAAGCAAUCAUCAGCAAUCGCUAGGGUUUGCAACCACCCUGUCGUCCGCAACACGAAAGAAGCCGCCUCCGAUGCCACCGUCAUCGCCAAAAAGCUUCUCCGUAGCACCGGCAAAGCAGCAUGGAUCGCCGGAACCAGUUUUCUUGUACUUGUUGUUCCUCUCAUCGUUGCCAUGGACCGUGAACAACAGAUCAAUGAACUUGAAUCUCAACAGGCCAAUAUUCUUGGAACUCCUUCGCCUCUUGCUGGCUAAAACCCUAGUGGUUGUUUUUAGGGUUUUUGUUUGUUUUUUUGGAAUAUUCAAAUUGUGUUGAGAUUUGGAAUUUGUGAUACUUAUAUAUGGAUUUAUGAUUUUGUUUGAAUUUUAAUUGUUUGUUUGAUUAUGUCAUAUUGUGUUAUGUGGAGAAAAAUUGAUUUUUU